AGUGCCUCGUACCGGGAGGUGUAAUAUAUAUUACCUUUAUUUUUUUUUUAUAUAAUGGAUACCUUACGUAGUGCUCCAACUCCAAAAUUUUCUGUGGGGAUAAAAGAAAGACAUUCCAGGAUAAAGCGCGUUCUAGCCGAGAUUAGAAGAGAAAAACCUUUAGGAAAGUGCCCCUUAUUUAAAAUGACACUUACAUUUCCCUCUUUUGUCUGGUCCCCCAUUAUUGAUUCUGUAUAUUCCUUCCGUACUGAACAAAAUUUGGAUAAUUUAAAAGCUACAGUUGCCGCUCCAAAAAAGCCAUUACUUAGAUCUCAUAGUACGAGCUCUUUGAAAUCCACUACAAGUCCUGAAACUCAGGCAGUCAUACCCAAGAAAACUGAACGAAAAGAUGUAAUUAGGUUAAAUAUGUUGGCAAGAGUUGCAAACUCUGCAAUUAAAAUGAAAACUUCAGUUGCAAGAUCUCACCAUAGUGAGUUAGCAACCCAAAGAAGUCAUAAAUUAGGAGCUAUUCCAAAAUACCUUACAAGUCGAAAAGCAGAAUGGGCACAUCUGGAAGAAGAAAAAUUGAAGAACAUGCCAGAUCCUGAUUGUCCAAUUGGGCAUGUUAUUAUGCCUGAAUCUGAAAGACUUGAAACCUUAAGUAGACUCCAAAAAAGUCAAUUAGAAUUGAAUGCAGAGUUUAACUGCCUCCCACUGAGCAAGGACAGUUUGACAAUUCGCCGAAAGAAAGAAGAUCUUGAAAAGCAACUCAUUAAAGUUGAAGAAGGAAUUCGAGUUCUUUCUAAGCCAAAAGUAUUUGUCAGACUUGAUAGGUAAAUGAUUGAAUGUCCAAAACUAGUAAAUAUAAUUUCGUCAAGUCAAGGGUAGGAUAAGGAAUAAAAUUCCGAUUUAACGUAUUUUGCAUAGUUGACAGUCACUAAUGUAUUGGUUUGCUUGCAAGUUUUUACUUACAACCCUAACUUCUAUUUUAUGGUGUGGGUGAAGGUGGAGUAGUCAAUACUGCAUACUCCUUUUCUAAA